GUAAACCAAACGCUCAGUGCGGCUCACGGUUGCUUGUAAUGCGCACGCGCACGCUCAGCGCCGUCCCUCCUUGCUUCCUCGAGCAUUCAGCAUCAACGGCUCGCCUUCUGGCGCAGGCGCACUUCUGCUCCUCCGCCCCUGGGAGGGAGCACAGUCCCGGCCUCUGUUGUCUUGCUCAAUGCGAGCGGGUACCCGGAUGUAGAGGCUAACUGCCAGGCGAAGCGACCAGAGAGCGAGCGAGGGCUCCGAAGUGCAUGCGCAGUCGCUGUCCCUGCGCCCCCUUGCUCCCGGGCUUAGGCGUCUUGGCCGGCCGUUGGGCCCUGAGUCCGGGCGGGGCUGAAGGGGAGGCGCCUGGGCUGAGCCCACCCCGCUCUCCCUUGGGAGGUGAGUGGCUGGGGGCGGCGGAAGGGCCGGGGGUUGCAGGCCUCCCGGGACUGAGGGGAAAAGGCCCAAACGGAGACGAGCCAGGGUUGGGAAGAGGCCCGUCCAGCACCUCUUCAUUGGCUUCGUCUGCUCAGGCCCUGAAGGCCCCGCAGAACAGCAAAAUGGAAGCAGCCCAGGCAGCAAUAAAUGGGAAGACAGGUUGCGGGUGGGCUGGCAGGAAGAUCGCCGGCAAAUCAGUGCCGAGGGGCUGAGGGAGGGGGGCUGGGGUGGGGCGGGCAGCAGGAGGAAAUAAGAGCCCGAGGGGCAAAAAGAGGAGUGCAAAACACGGGACACUCUCCUGUUGUUUCCUGCUGACGUGACUCACAGGACACGGAGCUGGUUUGGUUUAUAUAUUCAUUUACAAACCAGCACCCUCCCCUUCUAAUGCCCAUGCACCGUUUAGGGUGGCUAACAACUAGAACUACCACUAAAUAAAAUAAAUCUCCCCAACCCCCCAAAAAAUAACAAAACAAGCAUUAAAUACUUAUUCAUCUGAUAAAGUAAGUGCCUGCCUAAACAGGAAGGUUUUUGCUCUAUGGUGAAAUGCUGUAAGAGAGGGGUACGGACAAAGAAGCGUCAUCCCUUAAUUUCCACCAACUGAGCCUCAACUGUAAUGAAGCCACAAAUGAUCUAGUUUCUUACCAGAGAGUUGACAAGGAACUGGUAAGAGUGGGAUGGGAAGAUAGUGUGUGGUGGUGGUGUGGGGAGAGGUAUGUCUCAAACAGCAGUGAGACAGGUGGGUCUGAAACUGUCGUAAACAUUUUACAAUAUUGUGCAGAGAGCACCCUUCGCCAACCUGGCACCCUCCAUAUGUUCUGGGCUACCACUCCCAUUAGCCUCAGCUAAUGGGGCUAUUGAUGUGGGUCAGUGGCCUGCAGUGACAUUUUUCAUAGGGAACAGUUAGAUUCCUGUGUUGCAGGGGGUUGGACUAGAUGACCCUCAUGGCCCUUUCAGACUCUAUGAUUCUAAGUUCUAUGAGUCCCUGCAUAUACCUUGCAACCAGUAGUGUGGGGAUAACAAUACUGGUCAGCCUUACAGGGUUGUUGCACUAAUAAUAAUAAUAAUAAUUUUAUUGUUUAAACUUUGCUCAUCUGGCUGAGUUUCCCCAGCCGCUCUGGGUAGCUUGCAGCAUAUAUAAAAACACAGUAAACAUAAACUAGGCUAGUCCCACUAGUCCAAGGAGCGGAUGCCCCAUAUAUAAGUUGUAGUCCAAAACAUCUGCUGAGUAUCUGAUCGAUGGAGGCUGCACUCUGCUAUGAAAGUUAGAAGUGUGUGCAAGGGGUGGGGGGUUGAGACGAGUCUCCAUAGGCCCUACUCCAGAGCUUUCCAAACUUUUCAAGUUGGUGACACAUUUUUUGGACAUGCAUCAUUUCAUGACACAGUAAUUCAGUUUUACUAGCAAAUUGGAGGUUAAAUCAACCCAUUCCAGCCCCAAGAGGAGUGCAGGGGAGCAUUUGUGCGACAUUCCUACACACUGCAGGUGACACACGAACGUGUUGCGACACACAGUUUGGAAAACUCUGCCCUACUCCAUCUAAUCCAAGCUCCUUUGCAGGUAAUGUGGUUUGGGAAGGCCUCCCAGCUCACUUUCUGUUUCUGCAGGUGGUUAUGUCAGCUGAGGCCACGGCAGACCAGGUCCCACCCCUGGAGAAUUGUGCCCCGCUAGUCCCAAUCCAGCAGCGACGGGAUGGCGGCGGAGGGGUAGCCGGUGUAACCUUUGAUCUCAAACCCCUUAACCCCAGCAGCAAGUAUGUCAAGCUGAACGUGGGAGGGUCACUGCAUUACACCACAGUGCAAACCCUCACCAAGCAAGACACCAUGCUGAAGGCUAUGUUCAGUGGCAGGAUGGAGGUGCUCACAGAUAGUGAAGGUAAGUGUCCUGGCAUCACACAGUCUGUUUCCCCACUCAACCCUUCUCCCAAUCCAGGUUUCCUGCUCAGCUGAGAUUAUAUGAUAUAGUAAAAUAAAUAAAUUUUAAUACUUUUUGGACCAAAAGCCCCCAAAGCCAUGAACAGCACUACUGCAUAUUACAAAAGAAAUCUAUAGGAAAAGUGCAAAGCAUUAGAUCAAUCAAAGUGAUUUUUUAAAAUAGCAUGAAAAUUCAAUCAAGAAUAUAAAUUAUGUAAUAGGAACUAGUUACGAAUAAGUGUGGCACUUUGGAGGUGACAGAAAUCUGUCAUUCUGUAUGGCUUCUUUGCAGACACAAAGAAAUUGUCAGAACUACCUUACACCUGCUUCUGAUAGGAUGAACAGUGAACCCCGGGGGGGAAUUCAGGUUAAUAUUUUUAAAAGAUAUGAGCAGCUUUCUAAUCAAAGACAAUUUUUUGAUAACUUGGUAUCAAGGAUGUGUUACAUUUUGUUUGUGAGAUAAAAUAUCCUAAAUUUCCUCAAGGACCUAUCCUAAAUACCUUGAGGACCACCUCCUUCCAUAUGAACCUACCCAGACCCGGAGAGCAUCCUUUGAGGCCCUUCUUUGUGUGCCUCCUCCAUGAGAGGUCUGCAGGGUGGCAACACGAGAGCAGGCCUUUUCUGCAGUGGCUCCCCAUUUGUGAAAUCCUGUCCCCAGGGAGGUUCGCCUGUUGCCUUCAUUAUAUACCUUUAGGUGCCAGGCAGAAACGUUGCUUUUUAACCAGGCCUUUGGUUGACUGACAUUCAGUGUCCCUUUAAAAUAUGUAGGUGGGGUUAUUGGGUUGCUACUGCUUUUAUUUUGAUUAUGUAUUUUGUGUUUCCAUAUCAUGAUUUUAUCCUGUGAACUGCCCUGAAACCAGCGGGUAUAGGGCGGUAUACAAAUUAAAUAGAAAAUAACAUAAAAUAUUGUAGCUUCAUUAGCAAAAUUAUAUACAAAGACAGCAAUGUUUGGAUUUCCCUCUAAAUGUUUUAAAGUGUUCUCCAGAACAGAGCUACUUUUAAUUUUAUGUGCAAGAGAUCCUUCUCUCCUGGUCUCUGCUUCUGCCCCCCAAAGACCUUUUGUUCAGAGACUAAAAUUCUGUUCUUCCUUUCCAGGCUGGAUCUUGAUUGACCGAAGUGGGCGCCAUUUUGGAACCAUCCUGAACUACUUGCGCGAUGGCUCUGUCUCUCUCCCUGAAUCCCAGCGGGAGCUGGAGGAAGUGCUAUCUGAGGCCCGGUACUACUUGAUCCAAGGCUUGGUUGAGGACUGUCAGCUUGCCCUGCAGGUGAGCUGGUCACCUGCUGAGCAGUUAGGAGGCAGGCAGACUCCUCUGAGCCUCAAGCAGUUUGAAGGAACUGGGGAGACGAAGAGGUGAGUUAGCAAGGCCCACUUGCCUUAGCCUGAUUUGGACGACCUGCUACUUGGCCUCUCCCUCUCAGAACUGUCUCCCGCAGUGAUUGUUCCAUCUGGUGGUUGUAACCAUCAUGCAACAUUAUCUAAAAACUGAUUCCCCAAUCUGCAUAUUUUUCUUCUUCCUCCCCAUCCUUCCACCCUUAUUUUGUUACAUGUGUUAAAUAAACUGUAUGUCAUUUGUUUUAAUUUAUAAACUUCCAUGAGUGCACUGGUAAAAAGGCAGUACAUAAGUGUGGUAUGUUCGUAAUAUGUGGCAUCUUCUAGGGCUUCUAAUAAGGUUGUAAUAUAUGUGUAUGUAUCUUUUUCUGCCUAGCAAAAGAGUGAGGCCUAUGACCCCCUCUGCCAUAUCCCCAUGGUGACCUCUCCCAAGGAGGAGCAGCAGAUCAUCUCAAGCUGUUCCAAGGUAAAGAGGCUGUGAAGUCACAUAAGGCUCAAGUCCAAGAAGAUCAUGUAGAUUUGCGCCAUUUUAGACUGCUUGACUCAGAUGUCUUCUUGCUUGUUUAGGGCCAUGAGGUGAUACUCAUGAGUGCAGAUGGCAUCUGCCCCCAUUAGUGAAGUCCUAAGUUGCAAAGCUUCUUAGCCUUCUAGCUAAAAUCAAGCACUGCCUACUAUAAGAUGUACGUUGGAACUCCAGUCUCAUGACCCAUUCAAGUCAUGAAGACUUGCCAUGUGACACAGUUUAACACGUGGAAAUAUUUUAGCACCUUCCACAUUGUUGACACAGCAUAAAAUGGGUCUGAUGUGAACACACACAUACCAGAAGUUAGAACAUAUAUGAACAUUUCAUGAAAUCACUGUAGCUCGGCCAAUGGCAAAGGUGACAGUUUCUCUUAUGCAGGUUAAAAAGAUAGUUUCCACCAUAUUUAUCCUUCUUUUCCUCCUUUCUUAGCCUGUGGUAAAAUUGCUGCAUAACCGAAGUAAUAACAAGUAUUCAUAUACAAGGUAAGAUGCAACACACCCACCCAACUGCUGGAAUUGGGCGUAACUUGGUAUUGUUUCUUGACUCCCAUGUCGCCCAUUCUUGACUCCCACCUCCUGGCUAAUAGAGGUGUCUUAAGAGAGAUCACACCACCAUUUCUUCCUUUCCCUCCCCUCCAGUAACUCCGAUGACAACUUGCUGAAGAAUAUCGAACUGUUUGACAAGCUGGCUCUGCGGUUCAAUGGCCGAGUACUCUUCAUCAAAGAUGUUCUUGGGGAUGAAAUCUGCUGCUGGUCGUUUUAUGGGCAGGGCCGCAAGAUUGCCGAAGUCUGCUGCACCUCCAUUGUAUAUGCCACCGAGAAGAAGCAGACCAAGGUAAUGUGCAGACCCCUGAGCUUCAGAUAGGAGCUUUCCCCUUCAGGAUAAAUUGUACUUGCUCUCCAAUAUGUCUGAUCUUGCUCCUUCCCUCCCUCCCUCCAUGGUGUCUGCCCGAAAAUGGCUACUGCCAACCAGCAAAGCAGAAACAAACAAGGAAGUAAGGAAGUUGGCUGUUUGGAUAAGUGAAUGUCCUUUAUGUGCUGAUAAGUGAAUUUUGGGAUAGCAAGCAUGUGGAUCGCAGAACCUGUGUGUACUGCUUUUCAGGCAAACAUCACAUAUUUUCUUUGAAAAAACAAUAUAAAUUAAAACUAUAUCAUAAAGCAAUAAAGAGAGAGCCACAGGGAAGAAAACUUUUCGAAAGCAAGGCGUCUCCUUCCUUCAGGGCAUGGUGGUCCUUAGGUAGCCCUCUGGUGGCAUUUGGGGGAGGGAGUGGAGGGAGUGGUCCCAUACAUGGGAGAACAGAACCUGAGGGGAGGAAGAGGUUUUCCCCUAGGCCACUCAAAUGACUCUUUAGAUAAACUGCUACUUCAGGUCAACUCUCCCAGUUCCAUUUCUUCCCACCUAGCAAAACUGCAGCCCUGCUUACGUUUUUAUGCAUCAAGGAGUUCAGAGCAGCUGUUGAGUUUUAGCCUUGCACUAUGUGAGUUAAGUUAAACUGGAAAAAACUGUAAAGCUCAAGUUCACCAAGCAAGGAUUUGAACCCAGGAUUCCAUAUUGAAACCAAACACUUGCACCACACUGUGGACAGAACUGGUGUUGCUCAGUAUGCUCUUGCUUUGCUGCCCCCAUGUGCACAGGUGGAGUUCCCAGAGGCACGGAUCUUUGAGGAAACCCUGAACAUCCUGAUCUACGAGACGCCGCGAGUGCCAGACAAGGCCCUCCUGGAGGCAACAGGUGGGGUGGCAGGUGGGGGUGGAGGCCCCCUCCGUGCAGGUGACGACGAAGAUGGGCGGGAGCACCGUGUCCGGCGCAUACAUGUCCGUAGGCACAUCAUGCAUGAUGAACGUCCUCACGGCCACCAAGCUGUUUUCAAAGACUGAUCCCGCCUCGCUCGCAAUGUCCUCAUUACUCCAUCCAUUUAGUGCCAAAGGAGGACCUGUUUUCUCCUUUUGAUCUUUCACCUCAAGGUCUUCUCAUUGAUGUUUGCAUCCUUUUCUAACCUCUCUCUCCCUCUGGGCUGCUUUUCUGCCCUCUUGCUAUCCCUUGACUUUAUUAAGCCCUCCUUUUUAUUGUGACAAUUGACCUCUUGGUCUGCCCCUUCAUUUUACUGGCAUGCUCUUUCCAGCUGUUAAUUUCCCCUAAUGCUUCAGUCUUAAACACCCAACUUCCCACUUCCCCUCACCACCUCACCUGUCUCAUAAUCUGCAAGACACCACUGAAACCUGGUUUGUGGUCCUUUAUUCAAAACCUCUUGACCCUGAACCUUUCCAACCUGAGACCGACUGACUCUUAACUGUCCUCUAAAUUAGGCUCCAUGGAACAACAACAUUAUAACAGAGAGAGCUAUAUGUGAGCAAAGCAUAUGAAUCAGGGGAGCCUACAUUCCAUCUCAGCUUAAUACUGGGCCUCUGGUGACUUCCAUUUUGUAACACUGUUAUUGGCCUCUUUCAAAGUUCACAGACGAGGUGCUACCUAGACAGGGGUGUGUCAGUUCUUACAUAAUUACCAAUUUUGAUCUCUCCAUUCUGGGGUCUUCUGCCCUUUGCUUUAUGGUACAUAGUUGUUUUUUUAUUGGGUCAACCCCCAACCCACCCUUGGUUUCUCUUCACCUACUUUUAACUUCUCUGUUGAAGAAACUGCCUGAAUUUAAGAGAAGGCAUAAAUUGUUCAGACAAAAACGGGCUACACUCAGUUUAUAAUUUUUGAUAAUGGCAUUGACAUAACCGGGAUUAUACAACAUAUUUAUUAGUGUCUUUUUUCUGGAAUAAUUUCGACUACAUUUAGCCUCCUGUGAGCAAAGGAGAUUAAAUCCAGUGUCAAUCAGCCACUUAAAAAAUUCAUGCAUCCAAACUUGGCACCUUUAACCUUUGCAUUAGAGCAGGAGGUAACAGUCGUGAAAUUGGUUCGUAUUACUUAUUGUCCUUCUGGGAAAGAUGUCAGAUAACAGCUGCUAUUUUAAAUUUUUUUGUCUGGGUCAAAAACACAGUUUGACUGUCUCCUUAAGUGUUGUGUGUCCUGGACCCUGAUUCCAUCCAAACUAUUCUGUCCCACUUACCGGUACGACUUAUAUCAAAAUAUGUUAGAUGCUUCAAUCCCACACUUCAUAGGCAUCUACACACCAUUACAAAACAGCGGAACAUGGUCAAGUGACUCUCUUCAGACAUAGAUCUGUGUAGGUACAGAAGUCUUACUUCUUCCUGCAGAGUUUGAGCACUUGCACUCUGCCCCUGGAAUGCCUUCACCCCCUUGUUUUCCAUAAGGUUGGGCGGAGGGGGAAUCAGGGGUCCUCCAGAAUACAUUGGCUUGCCAACUCCCAUCAGCCCCAGCCAGCAUAGCCAGUGAUCAGGUUUGAUGGAAGUUUUAGUCCAUCCAUAACUGGAGGGCCACCAUUUCCCCAUCCUGCCACAGGGAUGUCGCUUCAUACAAACUUCAGCAAAGUGUAAUAUGGGACAUUUCAACAGCCCUUUCAGUCAACUGUCUCAUGGAACAGGGUUUGGAUAUUAAUGGUGGUGGAUGGAGAGGGAGGGUGAAAUUGCAUUCUGUAAAUGCAAUCUGGUGCAGGUAACUUUACUGGAGAGAAGGUAUUAUUUUCCUCCAUUCUUCUUUUCCCAUCUCUAUAUCCUCCCCUCCCUGGAGGAGGUAACUUUCUUGAAUUAAUUAUUGUAAUUUUUUGUAUUUGCAUAAUUUAUUUUAAAAUUUUUUUUUUCUAUUAAAUUAUUGUAAUAAAGGUACCUGCUUAAAAAUG